UGCUGAAUGAUCACGAAACGUCGUCUCAAGACAGCUGUAUUAAAAAGGUAAUGGAUAAUAUGGGCAAUGUGAAGUUCUGUCUGGACGGGGCUCUAGAGGCCAGUGGGAGCUGCUGGCUGAAAUACGUGCGCACUGCCCCUUCACAUCUAGAGCACAACCUGGCCAUGUGCCACAUCAGCGAAGAUCAGAUCUAUUAUAAAGCUAUUAGAGAUAUUGAAAUAGGGGAGGAGUUACUGGUUUACAUGAAGGACGGAGUUUUCCCCGAGGGCUCAAUGGCACCGAACCUGGAAGAUGAGCAAAUGUACCGCUGUGAACACUGUGAUGAGCUCUUCACGUCGAAGCUGGAGUUACGGCGGCACCAGAAAUACUCCUGCAGCAGCGGCAACUCCAUCUUUGACUCGCUAAGCGAAGAUUUCAAACAGGAGCGGGAAGACAGCGAUGAGCCGGUGCACGAGUGCAAAGACUGUGAAAAGAUCUUCCCUAGCGAGUACAGUCUUGGGCAGCAUAUGAUCGUACACACAGAAGAAAGAGAGUACAAGUGUGACCAGUGCCCCAAAGCUUUCAACUGGAAAUCCAACCUCAUUCGCCAUCAGAUGUCACAUGACAGUGGCAAGCGCUUUGAGUGUGAAAACUGUGAUAAGGUGUUCACAGACCCCAGCAACCUCCAACGCCACAUCCGCUCUCAGCAUGUCGGUGCCCGAGCCCACACCUGCCCUGAGUGUGGCAAGACCUUUGCCACCUCCUCGGGCCUCAAGCAGCACAAGCACAUACACAGCAGUGUCAAGCCUUUCAGCUGUGAGGUGUGUCACAAAUCGUAUACCCAGUUCUCUAACCUGUGCCGUCACAAACGGAUGCAUGCAGACUGCCGCACCCAGAUCAAGUGUAAAGACUGUGGGCAAAUGUUCAGCACUACCUCCUCCCUCAACAAGCACCGGCGCUUUUGCGAGGGAAAGAACCAUUAUAAUCCCGGAGGCAUAUUUACACCGGGCAUACCAAUGACAUCCAGUCCUAUUUUAGGAAAGUCCAAGUCUCAUCCUGGCUUGAACCAUAGUGGACUUGGCUUUGGUGAUUACUUCCCAUCCAGGCCACAUCAUGCAGGUUUACCCUUUUCCCCAGGACCACCUGCAUUCCCAGCCAUUUCCCAUGGAUUUCCAGGGAUCUUUCCCCCAUCACUAUAUCCUAGACCACCAUUGUUACCUCCUAGUUCACUUCUCAAGAGCCCACUUAAUAACAGUCAAGAUGGAAAACUGCCCCAUCUUGAUGCUCCUGCUCUUUCUGUCACCUCGUCCAUGAACAACAGCAAUGGCAACAUAGGGAGUAGUCUCAGCAGCCAGUCGGAAGAGAAUCGAGAGUCCAAACUGGACUUAUCAUUUACGGAAAACAAGAAUAAAGUGAAGAUGAACGACAUGUCCGAUGGUAGCGACUUGGAAGAUGUUAACACAUCCAGCGGCACAGAUCUAGACACCACCACUGGCACGGUGUCUGGCUCUGACCUAGAAAGUGAGGCAGAGAGUGACCGAGAAAAGAGUAGGAGGAAACCAGCGCAGGAGAGCAAGCAGGAUGAAGUGAGCAGCAGUUCGGUAUCUGUCUCCAGUUCAGGGAACCUCCCUUGCGAGCGUCCUUUCCUCUCCUCCCAGCAUUCCUUUUUCCCACCACCAGAAGAGCAGGCACUUCCACCCUCCGGGGCCACCACUGACUCCAUUAAAGCCAUUGCCUCCAUUGCUGAAAAGUAUUUUGGUCCAGGCUUCAUGGGUUUGCAGGAGAAGAAGAUGGGCUCCUUAAACUACCAUUCCAUGUUCCCUUUCCAGUUUCUGCCCAACUUCCCACAUUCCUUGUACCCGUUCACAGACAGAGCACUCAAUCCUGGCAUGUUCUUCAAACCUGAGCCUAAAUCCCCUCGUGAGCACAUACAGAAAUUACAUACGGCCACCGGUGCAGAUUCACCGUUUGACCUAACCACCAAACCCAAGGAGAUAAAGCUUCUUCCUCCUCCCCCAAAUAAGCCAGCCUUGCCACCCAAUGCUCUCUUGGCCCCUGGCGAGGAGCAACCUUUGGACCUCAGCAUAGGCAGUCGAAGCCGAGCCAGCCACAAUGGUGGCACACAUGAACAGCGCAAGAAUCAUGUCUAUGGCACAAACUGCAAAGCAGCUAAAGAUGAACACCCAGCACUAACUCAGAACUUGCACCAGCCCCAAAUGCCUCAGCAGCAUACAUCGCUCCCCCAGCCACCUGUUCCCCAGCAGCAGCCAUCGCUCCACUAUGCCAAGCCCUCGCCAUUCUUCAUGGACCCUAUUUACAGGGUGGAAAAGAGGAAGUUAAUAGACCCAGUAGGAGCUCUAAAGGAGAAGUACCUGAGACCGACGCCACUACUUUUCCAUCCUCAGGUGUCUGCGAUGGAAAACAUGACUGAGAAGUUGGAAAGCUUUAGCGCUCUGAAACUGGAUGCUCCCAAUUCCCUCCAGCACUCCUCACACCACCUUUUUAACUUCCGCUCUCCGCCUCCCUCUCUUUCCGAUGCUAUCUUACGCAAAGGCAAGGAGCGAUACACCUGCAGGUACUGUGGGAAAAUCUUUCCCAGGUCAGCUAAUCUUACAAGGCACUUACGAACACACACAGGAGAACAACCCUACAGAUGUAAAUACUGUGACCGUUCAUUCAGCAUCUCCUCCAACCUCCAGCGACAUGUUCGUAACAUUCACAACAAGGAAAAGCCUUUCAAGUGCCACCUCUGCAAUCGCUGCUUCGGUCAACAGACCAAUCUGGACCGCCACCUAAAGAAACACGAACAUGAGAAUAUUCCAGUGAGUCAGCAGUCUGGGAUCCUCUCGAAUUUAGGAACAAAUAUUUCCUCCCCCAACUCGGAGUCUGACAAUCAUGCACUUUUGGAUGAGAAGGAGGACUCGUAUUUCUCAGAGAUUAGGAACUUCAUCUCCAAUAGUGAGCUGAACCAGGCUUGUAGCUCCUCGGAGAAAAGAUCGGAGCUGACGGAGGAAGAACAUCCUCAGAGUCACACUCUCACUGCCUCUAAACUGGAGGAGGAGGAAGAAGAGAUGGAGGGCGAUGAUGAAGAUGAAGAAGGCUCGUUGACAGAGAAGUCGCAGGAUGAAACAGCCUCUCCCGCCACUAUGGUGCAGGGCACCUACGACGAGGAUGAGGAGCCCACCCCUCUGCCUAUGUCUUAUGAACACACGCGCAGGUGUAUUGAGGAGGAUGCAGGCCUGUUAGAUCUGGAACCUCUGCCUGGUUUCCCCAAAAGCCUGGACUUCCAUAAGGCCACCGAGGAGCCCUAUGACAUUAAAGACAUUUUUAGCCCCUCGGUAGAGUCGGAGGCGCUGAAAGAAACACUUUUCAGGCAGGCUAAAACCCAGGCUUAUGCAAUGAUGCUCUCUCUCUCUGAGAACACCAAUCUGCAUUCAUCCUCCCAGAACUCCUUGGACGCCUGGCUCAACAUGGGAGGAGGGCCGUCAGAGGCGAGCUCCUUUCACCCCCUCAACAACAUCUGAGAACACGGAACGGAGGGAGGAGGAGGAGGAGUUACAGACCAACACGAAGAUGCGUCAAAAAAGAGAUGAUCCACCACUAUGCGUGAACGGAGGAGAAUGUACUGUUGAGUGCGACAGACACAGGAACCAACCAAUCGGGAGAGUUUCAUCACACGAAAUCAUCCAAUCCCACAGCCUCUUCAUCCAUCCGCAGCUACUGUAGUGAUGUUCUCUCAUCAAACGCUCCAUCCAGAGAGCUCCAAUGCAUCUGACUCCAAAAACCACCUCAUUUUCAAUGAUAUGCAUUUCACAGAGACUGAUCUCUUUUUGUUUUGUUUCCGUAACGUUCUCAGAGAAGCUGGGUUGUGAGUGGACUGAUGUGUUUUUCAACUUAAGCGUUUCUAUUCAGCAUUCCAUUCUGGAGUUGAUUUUUCUACUAAGGUUUCCUUUACGCUUAACUCCCAACCGAAGUCUUACAGUAGAUUAGCAUUGGCACUUACUGUACGUUUAUCCCACAACUAGCAUGCUAACUAUUCCGCCCUGCAGUUUGCAAGCCACUCGAAACGUUUAUGCUGGAUUUAGUUUUGUUUCGUCCCUAUCUGAAUCUACACAGGAUAAAUCACGCAGCACGGUUGUUUCAUGUGUAUAGCAUCAUUGUAAUUAUUGUUGUUAUGGUAUUAAGUAUUUUAGCUGUAUACAUGCCUUUAGUCCCAACGGAAACGUUUGUUUUGAAGAGUUAAAUUAUUCUCCAAGUGGGGCAAUUGGAAAAUCUUUUCUUCUUCUUGUUGGAUUCAGUAAUAUUCUGUUUUUGGUAAGCAGUAUUGUUUCUUUUUUGAGCACAUCUGUGCUUGAAUGUUAAUAUAAAUCUUUAGUGAAGGACCAAAUUUGUACGAUAUUGUUGUAUGAUGUACAAACUAAGUUAACAGUCGGUAGCAGAGAGUGUUGUGUGCCAAAUAACCCCCUUUUUCUUUGACAAUCAUUUCGUUUUUUUCCGAGUGGUCGCCUCCACUGUUGGUAGUUUUUUCCCUUUUGUUUGGUUUCCUCUGUUGUUGCUACUUACAUUGAUGAGUGUUUGUCUUUUAUUUAUUUUGAUUUCUUUUUUGAUGAAUGAAAAAAAAAUGAAGAAAAUACAUGUGUUACCCACUCUUUUGAAGGAUUGAAAUUACUGCAACAUCACGGAAAUAACAAAAUUCAGAAUUGUUCAAACUCUUCCUCCUGGAGAAAGUUGCCAAAAUCUGAAUUACAGAAGAAUGUGUUUUGUUUUUGAGCAGAUAAAUGGUGAAGUCUGGUUUAUGAUGCGUCUGUUCAACCAUUUAGAAACGUAGGCACUGCGUGAUUCAAAUAAAUAAAUACAUACAAAAUCUUAAACUAUCAGGUGACUAAAAUAGAUGGGCAUUAUAUGUUGAUAUUUUUACUCAUUUUAUCACUCUUUAUAAAGUCUUGAAAUCGCAUUUGUUUUCUAAAUCCCACUCGAAGAUUCAUUACCUCGUCAUGAAUAACAUCAAACUCUCAACUAUUCAAAUGCUCGAUGUUGCUUUUGUAGUACAAACGUAAAAAGCAAUUAGUUGACUUUAAAAAAACUGAGUAAACUGUUGCCUUAAAAUUCCCACAAGGGCACAGGAUGUCAACUUGACGUCAGAUUGACAAUGUACCCCAACAUUGUGGGACAUUGCAUUUUGUUUGAAAAUGAAAAUCGGUUUGACGUCAGAACCCAAUGUCAGGUCGACGUCAAUGUGCAAAGUCAGACAGAUGUUACAUUUAAUUACUUUCCAACGCAACCUAAAAACAACUAAAUAUCAAUGUAUAAUGAUGUUACAGAUUGAUGUUGUGUGGAUGUUACUAAUAUGACAUCUAUCAGACGUUGGAUUUUGGCUGCCAUACCUGAUGAAUAAAUGUCAGUAUUUGACGUCAAUAUGACGUUGGUUUAAGAUGUUGGCUCAAUGUUGGAUUUUUGUUUCUGUCCAACACAACCUAAAAUCAACAAAAUAUCAACGUCAUUUGACCAUUAUUGGACGUAAAAAUAACGUAGUCCUUAGUAAUUGGCUAGACAUUGAAUUUCAGUCACCUGACAUCACGACCUAAAUCUACCCUAAUAUUAAUGUCUUAUGAUGUUGUGUGGACGUCAACGUGACAGAGAUUGAUGUUGUACCCCAACGUUGUGGGAUGUUGCAUUUUGUUUGGAAAGGAAAAUUGGUUUGAUGUCAGACCCCAACGUCAAUGUCUAAAGUCAGACAGAUGUUGAAUUUUGGUUACUUUCCAUCGCAACCUAAAAAAACAAAAUAUCAACGUCUAAUGAUGUCACAGCUUGACAAAGUGUGGACGUUACCAAUAUGACGUCUAUCAGACGUUGGAUUUUGGUUGCCAUACCUGACAAAUAUACAUUAGUAUUUGACGUCAAUAUGAUGUUGGUUUAAGAUGUUGGCUCAAUGUUGGAUUUUGGUUUCUUUCCAACACAACCUAAAAUCAACCAAAUAUCAACAUCAUUUGACAUCGUUAUUAAACAUCAAAAUAAUGUUGUCCUUAGACAUUGGCUAGACAUUGAAUUUCGGUAACCUGACGUCAUGACCUAAAUCUAACCUAAUAUUAACGUCUUGUGCCUGCGGGGUUAUUAAGCAAAUGAACUCAGCAGUUCCAACUUAUAAAAGUGUUACUCACUUUAAGUAAAGUAAACCUGUCACUUUUAAGGCAUGUUUACUCUCAUUUUUAAGAAACUAAUGGCUUCUUAUAGUGGAUUGCGAUCAAACGGAGAGCGGCGAAGCUUAAUGUUCACAAGAGAUUUCUGAAAAAUGCCCAAAUACACACGUGAGUCCUUCUUCAGCUCUGAACUGUGAAGCCAGCGAAUGAAUCGUAAAGCUGAAUGCAUAUCAUGAAUGUGUAGAGUAGAUUUAAUAUGUAAGUUACCUUUCCUUGAUUGAAUGUCAGGAAUCCGUACCUUUGCUUUACUCUUUCUUGCUUCUUUUAGGAUUUUCAAAAACUCGUCGUUACCUGAAUUCAGCACUUAAAACACACACACUGGUUUUAGUGGAUUAUGAGGACUCUUCAUUGGUGUAAUGUAUUUUAUACUGUAAAAACUACUAUAAAAAUGAAAUGGCCUUAUCCUAACCCUAACCACAACCCUAAUAAGUACAAAAGGAAAACAAAAUAUUUUCUUAAUUAGAUUUUUGUCUGUUUUAAAUCUAAAUAUCUCAAAAUUCAUAAAUCAAGAAGCAUUUUUAGACCAGUGUUUCCGAAGGCACACCAACAGUACAUAUUUUGUAUGUCUCUGUUUGAUAAGGGAGAGGUUAAAAAUGUGUACUGUUGGUGUGUCCUUAGGAACAGGCUUGGGAAACACUGUUCUAGACAAGCAAAAAAUAUAUUGUGAAUAUUUCAAAGCAAAAACAAGAUCAUUUUGCAUGUUUUAAUGAAAAACCUCAUUAUUAUUUCUGAAAACAAGACAAAAUUGUGUACUUGUCUUGAAAAUGUGUAAGAAUUUGUAGAUAUUUGGACUUGAAACAAGACAAAAACUCAAAGUAUGUCUUUUAUUACGUAUAAUAAGUAUGAUUUGUAAGACGUUUGAAUUACAAAUGUCCUCACAAAACCACCUUAUCAUUAUAAUACCUACAUUAUACCAUUAUACAAAUUUAUCCUCAUAAACCUCUAAAAUCAGCACACACACAUCUGCCUAGUUCAUCCUUUCCUUUACAUCUAAACGUCUACCUUAGUACCGAAUUUUUCCAAGCAGGGCUGGUUUUAACAAGCACUUUAACUCAUGGGUCAUACAGGCAUUUUUUUAUAACCAGAUGCUUUCAAAAUAAACCGCAUAUGAUAUUCAAUCGCUGAUAGAAGAGCUUUGAACAUUAUCUGCAAACACAAACCAAACAAGCUGGAUUUGACUGGCCGGUCACAGGGAAUCUGCUUGAUAACACGCCGUGUAAAAAAAUGAAUCUUACCCUGUUUCAUACUGUAUCUCCUCACUAUAUUAUUUACUCAACGCCUGUGUGACGCAUAGGAUUGCUGGAGAUGUAAUGGAAUUAUGAGUAUGGAGAAUUCAUGUCACAUACUACUGUACUUAGCAAGCGCUGUCAGUGAAGAAAUUGACCCACACUGUUAAAAUCAUUUACAAAAUAUGGUCAACAUGAACAAUGAAAAUGCCCACUGUUACAUUGCAAACGUAUCAUUUCAAAAACCAUCGAUCAUGUGGUUUCUGUCUAUUAAAAGCAAAAUAAAUGUGUAUAGUAUUUCGAAAACAGAAAAAAUUGACAUUGACAUGUCUGAAAAUUCAUGGGUUUGAAAAUAGAUGGUGCUUGUUUCAUUUGGAUAUGAGUUGUAUAUUGCUUCUGUUAUGUUUAUUAAAAAAAAUAUUGUGCAUGACUUGUGUUUUAGAGGUCAUAAUGGUGUCCAUUUGUGAAAUGUGUAUCUUAAAUUAAAAAGGAAAGAAAAAACAAUAAAAAAAAAACAACAAUGAAUUUGUAGAUGCACUUAUUGUACAUGUGGUUAGGUUAGUAGGUUUGACUUUUAAGUCCUGUUUACUGCCUUAAAUACUAUGGGCAGAUGGUUAUUGAACUGAACAAUAUGCUUGUGGGAGAGAAAUAAAUGACGAAAAUUUAAGGAUUGUAGAAUAAUACUGAAAAUUCUGAAAUUCUUCUUCUUUUUUUGAUGCUUGUGAUUACUGAAGAUGUACUUUAGAGCAAUUUCAUGGAAAAAGACAUGAUUCUGAUGUUAAAUCUGUAGAAUAGAUAUGUAUACCAAAUGUAAUCUUUCCAAUGCUAUGAAGAAUUUAUACAUGAAAUUGAUAUGCAAUAAAAACCUGUGUGCUUUUUA